UCAAAUCAAUGUGCCAAUAUCAUCUUCAUUUUAAUGUAGGAAGAACCACAAAGGGUAAAUAAUGCACACGAAAUGAUCCCAAACUCAAGUUAUUUACCAGAAUACCACCUAAAAAUAAAACCAAUUAAAAUUGUUCCAUCUUUUCAUUUCGAAUCUAAAUUAGUAUAACAUUAACUUUCCCGCUGAACCAAGUGCUAUACAAAAAGAAAAGGCACAAAGCCAAAACCACAUUGCAAACAAAAGCAAGUAAAGUAAAGCAACCAAAACCCACCCUAAAAACUACCAAUAUUGGUUGAAAAAAGGUCCCUAGAAAAACCAAUGUUUAACAAAAACCACCACAAAACUUUCCUAUAAUUUAAAAAACCCUUCAUUUCGCCCUAAUUUUGCCCUGUAAAAAUUUUCCCGCAAAGCUUACCUUUUCUUCUCAUCUACAGCCCUAAUUUUCCCGGGAAAAAUUAACAGCCACUCGACAAAGUUCGCAGGUGAAAUCAAUCUCCAAUUUCUCUCUCCUCUCUCUUUCUCUCUCCUCCAUCUUUCUCUUUCUCUCUCCUCUUCACCAACUCUUCCUCACAUGGUGUAGAUCUUCUCACCCCCAUUAUCGUCUUCAUCUGCCCCCUCUUUUAUUUUCUAUAUCUUCUUCUUCACGCCUCUCUCAAAAACCCCAGAAAAAAAACCCCAUUAAAUCUAAAUCUGCAUCUUCAGAAACCUUCAACAAUGGCGCAUGAAGAUCUAUCUUCAUCAUCUAAGCCUUAUCUCAUCAACCACCCUUCAAAAAUUGCUCGCCCUUCUCUCUCUUUGGACAAGAAAAUCGAUGAGGGACCCACUACCCCAUCUCAAAUUAUCGACCGAAUGAUCAAUUCGAAUCACUACCCUUCUCCUUCUAGAACCAUCUUGAGUGAUCGAUUCAUCCCUUCUAGAACUUCUUCAAAUUUCUCUCUGUUCAAUUUGACGCCGUCGCCGUCUUCUACGCCGUCGCCGAGUAGUAAGAAUCAGCCCGAUGGGGCUCGGAGUGAAGAUUCUCCUAGUGCUUAUACAUCGCUUCUUCGGGCCGCACUUUUCGGGCCGGAUUCUGGGUCGUUCUUCCCUGGUACGCCGGAUAAAGGACCGCCAAAUCGGAAUAUUUUUCGGUUUAAGACCGAGACAAAGCGGCCAUUGCCGUCGUUGAUGCCUUUCGGGCCCGAUGAUUCGAUCCCUGGUGUUAGUUAUAGCCCGGUUAAAACUCCCCGGAAAGUACCAAGGUCUCCUUAUAAGGUACUGGAUGCACCGGCAUUGCAGGACGAUUUUUAUUUGAAUUUGGUAGAUUGGUCUUCACAUAAUGUGCUUGCUGUUGGAUUAGGAAAUUGCGUUUACUUGUGGAAUGCUUGCAGUAGCAAGGUGACAAAGUUAUGUGACUUGGGGAUUGAUGACAGCGUUUGUUCUGUUGGAUGGGCUCAGCGGGGGACACAUCUAGCUGUUGGUACAAACAACGGCAAAGUUCAAAUUUGGGAUGCCUCUCGGUGCAAAAGGAUUAGAACUAUGGAAGGCCAUCGAUUCCGUGUGGGUGCACUAGCAUGGAGUUCUUCUGUGUUGUCUUCGGGCAGCCGAGAUAAGAAUAUAUUCCAAAGAGAUAUACGUGCUCAGGAUGAUUAUGUCAGUAAAUUAACUGGACACAAGUCAGAGGUUUGUGGGCUUAAGUGGUCGUAUGAUAAUCGCGAGCUAGCAUCAGGCGGGAAUGACAAUAGACUUUUCGUAUGGAACCUACAUUCAACUCAACCUGUAUUGAAGUAUUCUGAGCAUACAGCGGCAGUUAAAGCAAUUGCUUGGUCUCCCCAUCUUCAUGGGCUUCUUGCGUCUGGUGGUGGUACUGCUGAUAGAUGCAUUCGUUUUUGGAACACAACGACUAAUUCACAGUUGGGAUGCAUGGACACUGGUAGUCAGGUUUGCAACCUUGUGUGGUCUAAAAAUGUUAAUGAACUUGUCAGCACCCAUGGAUACUCCCAAAAUCAAAUUGUUGUAUGGAGAUACCCUAGCAUGUCAAAGCUGGCAACUCUUACAGGACAUACUUUCAGAGUCCUCUAUCUUGCAAUUUCACCAGAUGGGCAGACCAUCGUAACUGGAGCGGGAGAUGAAACACUAAGAUUUUGGAAUGUCUUCCCUUCUUCGAAGUCUCAGAACACUGACAGUGAGCUCGGAUUUCUAUCUCUGGGAAGAGCUCAAAUACGGUGACAUCUAUGACUAAUAAUCCCAUUUAUUGUAGAAAGCUUGUACAAUUGAGCAACAAGAGAUUGCUCGUCUCUUGGAGGUUCCAGAUAAGGCUGUGGGGAAAAAUUGAAAAUUGAUAGCGAUUUGUCUUCCUCAGGCAAGCCCUACAAGUUUUGGUCUACUGGUGCCCAGAUUGGCUCACUUGUUUGAGUAAUUGGGGAGCCCCAACAAUUUUGUCACUAGAGUUGAUGGAAAUUGCUACUAAUAUUUUUGUCUGAAUACAUGUAUAGAGUGGGAGUUGUUCUCCUGUUAUAAUAUAUCCGUAGGGGCCCCAAAGAUGCAAUCUUGUAAAUAAGAUAAUUGUCACAUUACUAUCAUUUCUUAUAGAGCUUUUUCUGUUCACAUUU